ACAAACAAAUUUCGGUGUAAUUAUUUUAUAUUGUAUACUUCAAUAAUUUCAAAUUCAUUUUGUAUACGAUAACGUGACAAUAACGUACUAACGAGUGUAUACUACUAUAACAUUUGAAAAAUUUGUUAUAUGUAAUAUUCUUAAAUUUAAUAACAGCAGAAUGUGUGAUUAUUGUUCUUGGAUAGAACAAAUCUUAGCAAGAAUAAAUGUUGAAUCAAAACUAUUGCAAGAAAGGAUACCACCACCGCGCGUUGAUCCUACCGUUAUAGUUCACGGAGGUGCAGGAAGAAUACCGAAAAUGAAACGAACAUUUAUGCUCGAAGAGGUAAAAAGUGCUGCUUUAGAGGCAUAUAAAACUCUCAUAGAAGGAUAUACAGCUGUUGAUGCAGUUGAUACAGCAAUUUCACGCAUGGAGAACACAUUGUAUUUAAAUUACAUGGAGGAAGCAUAUACACAUACUAACGACGAAAUUAUUAUGGAUGCAGCUAUAAUGACUAACAAUCUUGAUGCUGGUUGUGUAGGUGUUGUUUGCGGUAUUGAACACCCUAUCAAGUUAGAGGACCUUUUCGGACCAGAGAUUGAAAAAAUGAAGAUAAAUUAUGUUCAGUUUCCUGUCAAACUUCAUUACUUCUUUUUUAUGGCAGCUAUGGGUCCCAUACUCCCUUUUUUACCGGUAUAUGGUAAACAACUUGGAGUUUCUCCGAUGGUGAUGGGUAGUGUUACCGCGGUACUUCCAAUAUUAUUUCUUAUUGCUAAACCGCUCUUUGGAUUUAUAGUGGAUCAUUUUUAUAAAUGGAGAAAAUCCAUUUUUGUAACUUUAUUAACGGUAACAAGUGGUUGUUACAUAUGUCUAUAUUUUGUACCCCCAAUACCCACAAAUUUAAAACAAACUUCAUCAAAUUACACUUUCAAAGAUAUAUCAUGUUCGUCGUUUUUUGACUGCAAUAUUUAUGAUCCAGUAACAUCGAAUUGUAUAAAAAAGCAAAAUGUAACGUGCCGUUGGAUAUGCGACAAUGAAAACAAUUCAUCUUUUUUACGAAUGAAUGAAGAAGAAUCAUUGAGCGCAUUUUGUAUGAUCGAUGAAACUAAAGUUUCUAAUUGUUCAAUAAAUAUUAAUAAUUGUAUCACGUCGAACAUAGUUUUGGAAGAUACAUAUAAUUUGUAUAUAUCUAUGACAUUCUGGAGUUUUAUACUUUUAAUGUCGCUUGGUAAUAUAGGUUUCAACAUUUCGAAUUGUAUUAGCGAUGCAAUUUGUUUCGAUGUAUUAGGAGAAGGCGGUCAAAUGGGAUAUGGCAGACAACGUGUAUGGGGUACCAUAGGUUUUGGUAUUUCUGCCUUUUUAGCUGGUUAUGCCGUAGAUUUAUGGUCUCAGGGAAAUAUUAUUAAAACAUAUACGCCUGCUUUUAUACUCAUUUUUAUUUUUACUUCUAUUGACUUGCUGUGUUGCAAGAAAUUGCAGUUACCUAUUAUGUCAGGAUCUUCGACCAUUAUGAAAGACGUUUAUAGCCUGUUGAAAUUGAAGCCAAUAUUUAUAUUUUUAUGCUUUGCUACUCUCAGCGGUAUUUUUGAUAGCUUCUUGAUUUAUUUUUUGUUUUGGUACUUAGAGGAUCUUUCUAAAGCUACAGGGCAUAUGGAUAAAAUUAAAUUAAUAGAAGGACUGAUAGUCGCGGCUGAAACGUUAGGCGGCGAAGUAAUAUUCUUUUCCUUAUCUGGUAAAAUUUUGAAAAAAAUUGGAUAUGGAUACAGUUUUGCGUUUUGCUUACUGUGUUACUCUAUAAGACUUACAUUAAUAUCUUUGGCAUCAACACCAUGGUGGGUCGUACUUAUCGAACUCUUUAUGCAAGGUCCAACUUAUGCUCUUUGUUAUACAACUAUAGUUGCAUAUGCAAGCGCGGUAUCUCCACCAGGAACAUCUGCUACAGUUCAAGGAAUUGUUGCUGGAAUGGACGAUGGUUUAGGUUACGCGAUUGGUAGUUUAAUCGGUGGAAUUUUGUACAAAGAAGUGGGAGGUGUGCUUACUUUGCGAAUUUUUGCUACAGUAGCCGUGUUCUCUUCGUUGAUCUAUGUAAUUUUACAUAUUACUUAUCUAAAACACACAACGCCAGAUACUCGACGAAACGUUGAAUGGAAGUCACCGGAAGAGGCGAAUAUAGAAUGUACUGUUGCCGAGAAAUAAUAUCAUAAACGAAAUAUAGACAAAGGUAUAUCAAGAUAUAUUAAUAAUAAUCGAUUAUUCUUCGCAAUAAAAUAAAGAAUAGAAAAAUGUAUUAUUUUAAAAUAUUUUUUUAAAGAAGAUGACGCGUUUAU